AUGACGAGCCUUUCAACGAAGCUAGCCGAGCGAGAGGCGGCUGGGAAGCCUAUUCAGGUGGGUCUGAUUGGUGCCGGAAAGUUUGGAUCUAUGUUGUAAGGCAAGCGUAGACUUGAAGAAAGCAUAGCAGGCUCACUCUGGACCACAGCAUCUCACAAUGCCACAACACUCCUGGCAUGAGACUCGCCGGAAUUGCAGACCUCUCAGCGGACCGAGCAAGAGCAUCUCUCAAACGGACUGGAUACCCCGAAGACCGGUACGACGCUGAGGGAUCGCUUUCGAUAGAGGACGGCAUCAAGGCUGGCAAGGCCGCAAUCACGGAGGAUUCAGCCACCCUCAUUGCAUCUCCAAGCGUCGAUGUGAUUUUGGAAGUAACGGGAAGCCCGGCUGCUGGGAUCCGGCACGCUCUGCUGUGUUGCGAGCACAAGAAGCACAUUGUCAUGAUCAACGUCGAAGCUGAUGUCCUGGCCGGUCCCCUGUUAGCACGAAAGGCGAAAGAAGCCGGCAUCAUCUAUUCGAUGGCCUACGGAGACCAACCCGCUCUCAUCUGCGAACUUGUCGAUUGGGCACGUGCGGCUGGCUUCCCGGUCGUCUGUGCCGGUAAGGGCACCAAACACCUACCGGAGUACCACUUCUCUACGCCAGAUACAGUGUGGGACCACUAUGGCUUUACCAAAGAACAGUUGGCAAGCGGCGAUUUCAACCCACAGAUGUUCAAUUCGUUUCUCGACGGAACCAAGUCUGCUUUAGAAAUGGCGGCUGUGGCUAAUGGAUGCGAUCUGCAGCCGCCUUCCACUGGACUGUUGUUCCCGCCGUGCGGACGACAAGACUUGCCGAGGACGCUCAGACCCAAGGCAGAUGGAGGUAUAUUGGAGAAGAAAGGCACAGUGGAGGUUGUUUCGUGCGUUGAAGUAGACGGUCGACCGACUUUCAAUGAUCUUCGUUGGGGUGUUUAUGUUAUCAUCGAAGGUACGACGAUGGUCUCGUUAGAACGCAGAAGCUGCUUACUGAGAUGCCACAGCACCGGGAGACUAUCAGAAGGAAUGCUUCAAGCAAUACGGUCUUGAAACAGAUAGUACCGGAAAGGUGAGAAACCAUCGAUCAACCCAGGCAGGGGGCAGCUUACUAAUGAAACUUGUAGUACGCCGCGCAGUACAAACCUUUCCAUCUCAUCGGCCUCGAAUUAGGUGUCUCAGUAGCAACCAUCAUGUGUCGCGGAGAGCCCACCGGUCAAACCAAGACAUGGGCAGGCGACGUCGUCGCCACGGCCAAACGAGACCUCAAAGCCGGCGAGAAGCUCGACGGCGAAGGAGGCUUCAUGUGCUACGGCAGACUGAUGCCGGCCGAAGCUUCGAUGGAAAUCGAAGGCUUGCCGAUCGGACUCGCACAUGGGCUCGUGCUGAAGAAGGAUGUUCCCAAGGGACACGGGCUGAGCUGGCAAGAUGUCGAAUAUAGUGAGAAGACGCAGUCCGUGGCUGUGAGGAGGGAGAUGGAGGCCUUGUUCCGAAGGGAGUUUCAGGCUCAGCAGGGGGAGAGGAAUGGCGUCAAUGGAGCGCAUAAAGGUGAGAAUGUGUAA